CUCUACUCCGCGUCCUAAAGGGGCAAAGAAGUCCGGUCGUCAAUUAGGUGGGCACCGACCCGCAACUGUGGACUGGACACUACGUCGGAGCGUUCGUGAGUGGAGGGGCGCACGUUCCGCCGUCUCACGCCUCCGCUCCGCUCCAUCCCCGUGGUGGGCCGCCGCAGGCCUGUGCGGCCCCUUUAAGAGCCUUCGGGUCGGACGCCGGAGGUCGCGGCGUCCCUUCAGCGCCGCAGGCCCCGGCCACCAUCCGCGGCCAUGCAGUUGCUUCGCGCAGGCUUGACUCUGGCCCUGGGCGCAGGGCUGGGUGCAGCUGCCGAGGGCUGGCGGCGGCAGUGGGCCGACGCGCGGGCGACGCCGGGGCUGCUGAGCCGGCUGCCGGUGCUGCCAGUGGCGGCGGCGGCGGGGCUUCCCGCGGUGCCCGGGGCUCCCGCGGGUGGCGGCCCGGGCGAGUUGGCCAAGUACGGGCUGCCCGGGGUGGCGCAACUCAAGAGCCGCGCGUCGUACGUGCUGUGUUACGACCCGCGCACCCGCGGCGCGCUCUGGGUGGUCGAGCAGCUGCGGCCCGAGGGGCUCCGCGGCGACGGCGACCGCAGCUCCUGUGACUUCCACGAGGACGACUCGGUGCAUGCGUACCACCGCGCCACCAACGCCGACUACCGCGGCAGCGGCUUCGACCGCGGCCACCUUGCUGCCGCGGCCAACCACCGCUGGAGCCAGAAAGCAAUGGACGACACCUUCUACCUGAGCAACGUCGCGCCCCAGGUGCCCCACCUCAACCAGAAUGCCUGGAACAACUUGGAAAAGUACAGCCGCAGUCUGACCCGCACCUACCAAAAUGUCUAUGUCUGCACGGGGCCACUCUUCCUGCCCAGGACGGAGGCUGAUGGGAAGUCCUACGUGAAGUACCAAGUCAUUGGCAAGAACCACGUGGCGGUGCCCACCCACUUCUUCAAGGUGCUGAUCCUGGAGGCAGCAGGCGGGCAGAUCGAACUCCGCUCCUAUGUGAUGCCCAAUGCGCCAGUGGAUGAGGCAAUCCCGCUGGAGCGCUUCCUGGUGCCCAUCGAGAGCAUUGAGCGGGCCUCGGGGCUGCUCUUUGUGCCAAACAUCCUGGCACGGGCAGGCAGUCUGAAGGCCAUCACUGCAGGCAGCAAGUAAGGACAGCCCCAGCUGGACUGUGGGUUUGGGGGACUGAGUCAACUUAAAAGUCUUUAUUUUUGGAA